CGUACAUCAUGUGCUGAUCCUCAAUAUACUUUAAAAUUCUUUUCACCAUACUGACAAACUGAGCUUCAACGACGACAAACGCUCUCUUUCAUUCAUUGUCUCCAUUCGUUGUUUUUUUUUGCUUUGACUUCUUUGUCUCUCGUAACCCUCUGACGAAACGAUCGGGUCAACGGUACCACCACCAAGUCAUAUCCCACACACCCCAACUUUGACUACAGCACAUCUACGGCCUCGAAGAAAACAUUUUGACGAAUUUUGACGACAAGUUCUAUAACCAGCGACCAACCCGGACGAACAACUUAUGAUUAAAGCUAGUCAGUGACACGCAAUGAAGGAUACAGUUGACCACUCGGACGCCGAAUCAUUCCAUUCGGCCAUAUCAAACACGAACAAGACAGUACGACAAACGACCAUGCCAGAAAAUCAUCCCGCCAAGAAAUCUAGAUGUCGACGAUCAUGCAGGCGACACGUGCAAGACCUGAUGAAGCAGCCUGAUGGCUCGACGAGCUCAGAAGAUGCUGGGGCCGAGUCAAGCGAGACCGACCGAAGAAUUUCUCGACCUUGCUCGAGUCGGUCCAGGUACCGACCAAACAGUCCCAAUCCUAGCAUACCGAGACGGCAGAACAGUGUCAACCUUGGAGGGAGGGAGAAGAGGAGAAGAAGGCACUCUUCCCCAAAAAAGGAUCCGGCCGCUUUACACCGACAGAGCUGUCAGCUCUUUUCAUCGUUGGAUGGGAUGCUCGCCCUGAGUCGAGAAUUUACUCCGUCUCCCAGCGUUUCGACGACACGAACGGCCACUCGACACCCUUCGCUCGUUCCAGGGGAUGUCGCUGGCUCUCACUUCAAAGCGGACGUUGAGGAACGCCAGCUUUGCCACAGCGUGGACCAAAAGUUGAAAAUGGUCGAAAGAGAACAAUGUAGUGUUGGUGGUGGUGGUGAUGGUGGUUCGUACAACACAACGAGGAGGAGUGUGUCGUCCUCACCGACCUUCCGGCAUAGUUAUUCCGAAUCUUCGUUGAUCUACCAGUCACGCAUUGUCACCCCGAGAAUAUCAAUGUCAAUGUCUGUGGGCGGACGCGUGUACAACAACUGCGGCGCGGCGGCCGCGGCGGCCGCGGCGGCGGCCGUGCAGAGAAGACCACCCUUGAACACGGUCAUAUCCUGGACCUCCAACGCCACUCGGCGAGAAGAGUACGAAAAGAUCGACCGAGCUCAUUCCGGCGUCAGGGGUUUCCUGAGGAAGAUGUUGCCAAAGUGUGUGCACUCGAAAAACUCCCGGAGAGCAUUCUACACCGGAGGUGACGGUGACAGUGACAGCGUGAGGAGGUUCCGAAUGAGUUUGGACGAAACCGACGAAACGGAUGAGACAGAUCAUGAUGACGAGCGAGUGGCGACGGAAAAAAUCAAACGUGACGACGACGAUGAUGGUGUCGAUGUCGAUACCGUGGACGUGGAUGAGAAGGCCAUUCACACAUCUAAACAGUGUCACGUUGCGAUUUCUGCGGAACAAGUCGCCACAACCACGGCCACAGGUGGCCGGAAGCACAGGUGGACAUGUUUCCAAUGAUGACGACGACGACGACGAUCUACAGUAUUUACGACACUGGAAGGGGAGAACCCUGACCUGGGUUUAUGAGGUACGGAGAUCUUUGUACGUGAUUGGUGAUGUUUUCCGCCCCCAUAUAUGUACAGAGUACCAGAGUUGGCGGCUUUCCUCUCGACAAAAGAUGAAAUCAGAUGACCAACACUUGCGAGUACACUCUUAGCGACGAUGUAGAGUCGACUACCUUACAUGAUCUAUGAGUUCAUGAGUCCAAGCCAUGCCUGGAGAGGGAGAAAAUAGGAAAGUGGGGAGGGGGGCCAAUUUGUAUACGGUACGAUUGACUGUGUUUAGCGAAGCAUACUCCAUAGGAACCGAAAGCAUCUAAACCUCUACAUAACUCAGAAGAGUUGUACAGAUGGAUAACCAACCCAUCAAUAUUCGGCU